CCGGCCCCCGCCGCAAUCCUAGGCCCGGGAGGCCCGGGCUGGUCUCUCUGGGUCCCCCGCGCGGGUCGCCGGGCCUCUGGCGGGUGGAAAGUUCUUCCUGCGUGGCUUCCUUCCUAAGAGUAUCUGCUAGCAUAUCCACACCUCAAGUCCAGACCAGGAGAGCAAGGGCCAGAAGGAGAUCACGAUGGGAUUUAUAUUUUCAAAAUCUAUGAAUGAAAACCUGAAAAAUCAGCAGGAGUUCAUGCUUAUGAAUGCACGGCUUCAGCUGGAAAGGCAGCUCCUGAUGCAGAAUGAGAUGAGGGAACGGCAAAUGGCCAUGCAAAUCGCUUGGUCUCGAGAAUUCCUCAAAUAUUUUGGCACUUUCUUUGGUAUUGCAACCAUCUCUUUAACAGCGGGAGCGAUAAAACGAAAAAAGCCAGCCUUCCUCUUUCCCAUUGUUCCGUUAAGUUUUAUCUUCACCUACCAGUAUGACUUGGGCUAUGGAACACUCCUACAAAGAAUGAAAGGCGAAGCUGAAGACAUACUGGAAACAGAAAAGACUAAGUUGCAGCUUCCCAAGGGAAUAAUCACUUUUGACAGCCUCGAAAAGGCCAGGAGAGACCAGAGUAGUUUCUUCAUAGACAAAUGAAACCCUGCGUACACACGUCAUCGCCGGAUGAGCAAGAUGUUGGCUUGAAUCAUGGUUUUUACAGGCUUUUUUUUUCCAGUGCUCCAGAUUUUGAUAGAACGAAUUUUAUACUAAAAUAUUAAAAGGCAAGCUGAGUUUUAUUGAAUCAAAUUUGUAAUUUUCAACACAAAAUUCAUGUGGGCACUCUAAACACCUUUCGGAGUUCCUCUGUGUGUGUUUUUGUAAUAAUGACCUUCGUGAAAACGUAAUAAAUUUUCUCAUUUUGAA